AUGGAACAGCUCGGCCUCCAUGAUGCCGGCCAGCGACCGUCGUCGGGCAUGCAGCAGCAGAUGCCGCCAGCGCCUGCGCCGGUCCCACAACUACCACCUCAGAUGUUCACCACCGCUGCGCAACUACUCGACCUCACAGACAAGAAGCUCAUGGUAUCGCUAAGAGAUGGCAGAAAGCUCAUUGGCGUGCUGCGAAGUUGGGACCAGUUCGGCAACCUUGUGCUCCAAGACACUGUGGAAAGGCUUUUCGUUCAGAACCUCUACGCCGACAUUGAGCGCGGUCUCUUCCUGGUGCGUGGCGAGAACGUCCUACUGCUGGGCGAGAUCGAUCUGGACAAGGACGACUAUGUUCCAGAGCCCUACGAACCGGCAUCAGUUGAGAGAGUGUUUGCGUUAAAGAAGGCAGAGGAUCAGGAAAGGAGUAAGACGGAGAAGAAGAGGCAUAAAAAGCUGGCAGCCUAUGGAUUUGAAGGGGAGCAUGCUGGAGAAGCCAUAUUAUGA